GGCUACUCUGCAGUUGGAGCCAAUGCCUGCGGCGGGCUUCUACUACGAGGAUGUGGACAGUGGCAGCGAUUGUGAUGCGGACGAUGACGAUGAUGAGGCGGUCAACAUACGUGUUUCGUAUGUGCAGCAUGCUGAGGUUGUGGCACAGCUGCGCGAUUGCGCCAACGUCAGCAGCCGGCGGCAGCCACAGCCACAACAAAGGCAACAACAGCUGCAGCAGCAAUUGUUGAGGCUGCCCAAUCGCCUGGUCGCCGCACUUGGUCGCCUCUCCGCCAAUCUCAACUGCUAUCAGCCCGUGGCAAGAACGCUGCCAACGCGCAAUCAAGUUGCCGGCAAACGUGCCGCCUGAUGUGUGCUAGAACCAAAA